GGGCGGAUCAUCCACUCUGAUCUCAGUUACUGCAGAGACGAGGAGGGAGACGGAGCUCUGAGGGACUGGUUAGGACCGGGAGGCUCGGAUCGGACCAGAACGGAUCAGAACGGACCUGAUCACACCUGGCAGCGGAGCAGCGGUGACGAUGGAAACCUUCAACGACCUUCUGCACCGGCUGCAGGAAGUCCACGAGCGGGAGACGGAGGGUUGGCAGCUGAAGAUCAAGGAGCUGUCAAACAAGAAGGGCUGCGACUCGAAGAGAAUGGAGGAACUUUUCACCAAAAACCAGCAGAUGAAGGAACAUCACAGACUCCUGACGGAGAACAUCAAGACCCUGGAGAACAGGUUGAGGGCGGGGCUCUGCGACCGCUGCACCGUGACGCAGGAAGUGGCCAAGAAGCGACAGCAGGAGUACGAAGCGUCUCAGAUCCAGAGUCUCCAGCACAUCUCCAUCCUGGCCGGAGAGAUGACGCACCUGAGGAAAGAGAACCUGAAGCUGAAAGACGAGCUCCGGGCUCUGAGAGCAACACUGGACCGUGGAAACAGCAACCACUCCUCCAACAGCGGCGCUGCCGCGGACGUCAAGCCCGACGUGUCCCCGGACCGGCCCCCCUCCUCCGGCCCCGGGGCCCUCGGUACCCCCAGGACCCCCAACCAGAUCCCCAACCAGACCCCCAACCAGACCCCCAACCAGACCCCCCACCAGACCCCCCACCAGACCCCCCACCAGACCCCCAACCAGACCCCCCACCAGACCCCCCACCAGACCCCCAGCCAGACCCCCGAUAACGACGUCCUGGUGAAGACGGAGGCCGAGCAGAGAGGCGACGAAGCAGAACGGAGAGAGAGACUGCUGCGAGGGACGAGCUGGGCCUUCGACUUGCUGAAGUCGGCCCGGUCUCUUCCGUCCUGGAAACCUGAAGCUGCUCCGAGCCGCCCGGCAGAGAGAAGAGCUCCUAGCGAGGGCCCCGACCUCUACUCCUGUGUGGCUCCUCAGCCCCCUGGGAGAAACUCCUCACCUGUGCAGGUGAAGCCCCACCGGGGCCCCGCCCACAGCCUGCCCUGCCCUCAGCCAAUCAGGGGGGGCCCCCUGUCCCUGCCCUGGGCCCCCGCCGACCUCUCCGACUGGAGCCCCCCCCGUCUGCCCCUGCUCCGCCACCUGCCCGCCCCCCAGGCCAGGAGGCAGGGCCCCGUCUCUGGGUGGCCCAGGCCGCGGGCCCCGCCCCCCGCCAAGGAGCCCACGCAGAGGGCCCCGCCCCCCGCCAAGGAGCCCACGGUGGUGCUGAGGCUCAAGAACCUGCCGGAGGGGCCAGCGAGGGGCCCGGAGAGGAGGGGGAGCCCCCCCCUUGGACCCAGGAACCUGCCGGAGGGGCCGGCUAGUGGCCCGGACGGGCCGGCUAGGGGCCCGGAGAGGAGGGGGAGCCCCCCCCUCAGACCCGGGGCCGUCCCUGGAGACGCCUGCGAUGUGCCGCUGGACCUGUCCGACCGAGGGACCUCCAGAUCCAGCCAGGGGUUGAAACAUGAGGCCCCGGUGGCCCCGGUGGCCCCCGUGGCCCCGGUGGCCCCCAGCAUGGACCUGAGGGUCCAGAAGAGCCCGCCGGUACCGGAGCCAGCACCCCCCCUCGACGGACCCGGGUCCACGGCAGCCGAACCAGAACCCAGCAGCGACUCGAGUCCGGAGGUCUCCAGAGAGGACAGGAAGGAGAAGACGAUGAGGAAGAUCGACCAGAGCAACGGGAAGAAAGUCCCCGUCCUCACGCUGUCCCUGCGUCCAGCAGUUGUGAUGCUGGAAACGCUGAACUCCGCCCUGCAGAAGGAGGAAUCCAUUUCAUCCAACAGCAAGUCGUCGUCGCCGGCCGACGAGCCGGACAGCAGCUCCGACGAGGCCGGCGGGAACGAGACCGGGACCGGGACCGGGUCAGGGAGAGACCUGGUUCGGGCCCGGAGGAGGAAGAGGGCCUUCGUGGAACCAGAACCCGACAGAGCGGCAGGUACCGGCAACGUCCACCGAGAGAGACGGAUCAAGAUCACGGUGAGGUCCGAGGACAGUUAGAGGAACCGGUUCUGGAGGACCGGGUCCUGGAGGACUGGGUCCUGGAGGACCGGGUUCUGGAGGACCGGGUCCUAGAGGAGGACCGGGUCCUGGAGGACCGGGUCCUGGAGGACCGGGUCCUGGAGGACCCAAACAAUGACUU